AUGGAGCUGGACCACAAAGCAGGUACAACCACUUUGACCAGGGCCCAUCUGAACAACAGCAAGGAAGGCCAGCAGGACACGGACCCCCGGAGAACUGCCCGUAGCCCACUGGAUACCUCCAAGUUCAAGUACCAGCUCCCAGUCUCCCCACAGCCAUCCAUGUACCAAGGACACAGCCCCCGAGGCAGCUCCCUCGGGCAGGCCUCCCUGGAGGAGAUCCGGCCUCCAUCCCUGAAGGCUGUCAGCCAGGACUCUCCCCAGAGGGACUCACAGCCGGGGUCCCUGAAGAAGGAGAGCUACAGACCCUCCUCGAGGGAGAGGAGGGCCUCCUUCCGAGAGGGGGCUCAGCCGUGCCAGGGGCUAGAGGAAGACCCCAACUUGGGGGCACAGGGCCAGAGUAGCAGCAGUAUUCCCAACAACAUUCGUCACAAGUUUGGGAGCAACGUGGUGGACCAGCUGAUCUCCGAAGAGCAGGCUCAAAGGGCCAUUGGUGAAGCCUUGGAGGGCCAGAAAAGGGCAAGCUCACGGCCCAGCAGGAUCCAGAGUCCCACUGAAAUCACCUCCGUCUUUUCAGGCUACUAUGAUCUGGGCUACAACAUGCGGUCAAACUUGUUUCAAGGUCAGGCUGAAGGGCAAGGGUGGGGGUUGUGA